AUGAAAAUAACACGCGAAAUGAAUCAGAUUGCAGGGGCAGUACAUGUUUUAAAAAAUACUGCAUUCGGCGCAAAAUUUGCGGAGCAGGCAAAGAGGGUGGACGAUGAGUUACGUAAGCAAAAGAAACGUCUUCAGAACGACAUAAAUAGACAGAGUGAGAACGUCAAAUAUAUGUUAGAGCAGAAAUUCACGAUGAUAUUAGACGGAAUUCAUGAGCUUAAUAAAACAAGGAAAGAUCGUUUUAAAAUAAUAAAUGGGCUCCUGGAAGAAGCGUUGAAGCAGGCUGGCAGAUUGGACGUAGAUUACAAAUCGUACAUAACGUUUUAUUUCGAUACCAUUAGGAAUGCGGUUGAGGAAAUUCAUAGAAAUUUAAAAUCCAACACGUUGGCAAUGAGCAAUUUGGCAGCUUUUGCUCAUGAAGAGUUUGAUGCGAUACGCAAAGGUGUUCAAAAAAACGGAACAACUGAGACGAAUGAGGAAAGUAUAGAGAAUAAAUGGGAGGCGUUGCAGGCGCACAUUCGUAAGCUUGUUGACGGAAUAUACGUAGAGAGUGAACAAGCAAGCAAUCUCGGUAAUAUCGAAAAGAAAGUCAAGGAUUAUGCCAAAACGUUUGAAGGAGAAAGUUUCAAGGCAAAGGUUGAACAAUGGUUGGAAGACGUUUUCAAAUCCGGAGAACCAGUAUAUUCGUCGAUUGAUGCAUAUGCGCAUACUAACGUGACUAAAAGCUAUUUUCGUUCAAAUGGUCAAUUGAAGGCAACGCAAAAUGUGAUAAAACACAUCAGAGAUACUAUUAACGAAAGACUGCAAUUAGUUAUCACCGGCGUCACUAAAGUACAGAACACCGAAGGCUCCGAUAUCCACAAACGUGUUGCUAAUAUAAAAAAAUGUCUCCGUUCAUUUGUCGAUCAGAUUAAUACUCAUAUGAAUGCUACUGAGUUUCGAAAAUCUGAAGUCGUUAAAAAAGUGGUUGCAUUAAUUGAGAAAGAUUCGACCAUUGUGAAUACAGCAAAACAAGAUCAGCACGACAAGAGCCUUCUCACAUCAGCCAUUUACCGCAUCGCUCCACAACUGGUGGAGAAGGCCUCCAAAGCUACAACAGAACUGGUAUGGCUGUCCGUUGAUGACAGCAAAGCAACGGUAAACGCAAAUUGCGCUAUUGCAAAAGAAAUAGAUGAGGCCAUAUCUAAAGUGAAAGAUAUCGGUAAACAAUUCGUAGAAGGGGGCACCAAAGAUAAGUUUGGAAAAGCCCUCGAUGACGCACUUAUGACGGUUAAGCGACAGAUAGAGAUGCUUGGUAGAACAUUAGAUAAACAUACUGGUUCCAUUAAGACCACAGUAAAUACAAUUGAAACGGAAGUUUCUAAGAAGUUAGAAAUGCUGAACAAUGGCAAUGCAGAGAGCGACAGUAUUAAACAAAUGGGAGAUAAGGCUGCAGGAAAAAUAGAGGAGUUGUAUAAAGUAUUAUUCGACAAACUAAAUGGCAUUUUCGUUGCCGUCGACAGGACAAAUGAAACGUUCGAUAUUACUAUGAAAGCCUUUCGAACUUCAGUGGAAAACGCCUACCGUGAGUCCACGGAUGCUAUGCAAACCUUACGAGUCGAUCUCACCGAAUCCGCUGAACAAGCAUUCAACAAAGUCAGCGAUGAGAUGCAAAUACUUUUCGCUGAUAAUCACAGAGCUCAUUUGAAUGCACUAGGCGCACUAGUUAAUGAACCUAUUUCCGUCAUUAAUAAAAUCAUAAAUGACGAUUUGAACACCGGUGUUAAAGGUCUGCUGAAGCUGAUGCUCAAGGACGAUGGAGAUAUGUUGUUGAAGCUAAAAAAUCACACGGACCUGGUAACCUCAGAAAAACUUCCUAACUUGUCCUGGAGGUUCAAAGAUUAUGUUGACGCUAUUGCAAUGUAUGUUGAGUAUCAAGCAAAAACGCCGCACAUGCCUAAGGAGGACACCCAGCAAUCCGUACAUGUGAAAAAUAUUAAAGACAAAUUUGAUGACUUGCUGCAGCAUCUUUGUCUUCAUGAUAAGAAACGAAAUUGCGUAUUCGAUGACAAAUUUAGUAAGUUAUGUAAUCACCUUUCCUCCUCCCUCGACCCCCAAGCGCUGCCGGACGCAGGACGGCCCGUGCUCAAGGCGCUGCGGGAUGGGAUGCUGGGAUUCGUGGAGGAGUUGGAGAAGGGGUAUGUGAGUAGGUAUGAUGGAGGUGAAAGUAUUAAACAGUGGGUUUCGAAAGGUGAAAAAGAAGUUUUGACGCCUGAAGGAAAAAAUGGCGCCAAGGUGUUUUUGACGAUACUCGGUAUUUUGCUUAAUGAUCUGAUGUCAUUGAGUGAGACAUGUAAACAGGCACAAUUUAAACCAAUUCACUCAGCGUACAAUAAAUAUAACAGUAUUAUUGCCGAUUUCUUUAGCAGUCAUGGCUACAAGGUUCCCAAGUUGCGUGACUCCCAUGAGAGUGAGUUGAGUAAUAAGCAGGAGUGUACGGGAACAGACAUAUAUAGGAAGAUCAAUGACAAAAAGUUCAGCAUUUUCC